GACCAUUGUCUUGAACGACCCAAAGAAGAGGAAUGCACUGUCACUCGAGAUGCUGAAAUCUCUCCAGAAUGAUAUUCGUCAUGAAGCUGACAGCAAAGAUCUGAAAGUCAUCAUCAUUUCAGCUGAGGGCCCUGUGUUUUCUUCUGGACAUGACUUAAAGGAACUGACAGAAGAGCGAGGUCGUGAUUACCACACUGAAGUAUUUCAGACGUGUUCCGAGGUCAUGAUGCUGAUCCGGAACCACCCUGUCCCCGUCAUUGCCAUGGUCAAUGGCUUGGCCACAGCUGCGGGCUGCCAGCUGGUUGCCAGCUGUGACAUCGCCGUGGCAAGCGACAAGUCCUCCUUUGCCACUCCUGGAGUGAACAUUGGGCUCUUCUGCUCCACGCCUGGCGUGGCCCUGGGGAGAGCGGUGCCCCGAAAGGUUGCCCUGGAGAUGCUUUUCACUGGAGAGCCCAUUUCGGCCCAGGAGGCCGUGCUCCAUGGGCUGCUCAGCAAAGUAGUGCCAGAGGAGCAGCUGGAAGAGGAGACCAUGAAAAUAGCAAAGAAGAUCGCCUCCGUAAGCCGCCCCGUGCUUUCUCUGGGCAAGGCCGCCUUCUACAAGCAGAUGUCCCAGGACCUUAGAGCAGCCUACAGCCUCACCUCCCAGGUCAUGGUGGACAACCUGGCACUGCAGGACGGGCAGGAGGGAAUCAAGGCCUUCAUACAGAAGAGAAAACCCACCUGGUCACAGUAGCAGCAGUCACAGAGGAAGGGAGGAGGACUGUGCCGGUAGGGGAGGGAGAGACACUCAGAAAGCACCCUCAGGCCUCACCGCUGACCGCACCGCACCACUGCUGCCCCCAGAUUGUAAAGAGACAGCGUGUUUUCAGAAGUCACAUCGUGGGCUGCAUUAAUGCGUGAUUCCGGGGGAAGGACGAGGACAGUGAAGCGCUAAUUCAGCGGCGGCUCUGGGAGCACCCGUGAUGGGCCAGCUGUGGCAGAAAGCCAGGCAUCUGACUUACUCCACAGCACCUCAAGUGAGGGGCCCCUGUGUAGAAGGAGGUGAUCAGGUGAGGUACGAGGAAAAGGCCUCAGCCUGGCUCUUACCAGCAGUGUCCUCUAAGGCAGAGUCCGUUCUCAUAGCUCAUGACAGAUGAAAUAUUUCAAAUCUCUGGGAGAUGUUCACACUGAAAAUGUUGAUUCUAUCUGGAAAUAAUCAUGCCUGUGGCUUUGGAAUAAUCUUACGUGAUUUAAAUAAAUGAAAUAUGCAUAGA